CAUUAGUGCUCUCUUAUAUAGCAAUAUAACACGCUCAUUUUGUAUCGUAUGUGUCCACACACUUGCUGAAACAAAACAUAAGGAACAGGCCCGUCAAUAUAUCAUGCAUCAGCUCCAUUUGAAACCUCCCAAGGCGAAAAAAAUGACUGCUUUAAUUCCCCCACGGCAUCAACAACACUAACCUCUAACUCAUAUCCUUCCUUCUCUCCCUUUGAGAAAGAGAGAGGAACCUUCCUCCCCUAGAGAGAGAGAGGGGGAGAGGAAGAUAGAAAGAUAUGGAUCCUUGCCCCUUCGCUAGGCUCAUCGUGGAGUCCCUCGCUCUAAAGCUACCGACGGUGUCCAAGCCAGCCGGUCCGGGCGUCCAUCCUACAACCACCCCGUGUUUCUGUACCAUCCAACUCCAAGACCAUCCCUCCUCUACCCAAACUGCCCCUCUCCCCCUCGCCACCCCCUCCUCCUCCGACCCCUCCACUACUGCCGCCGCCGCCGCCGCCUCCGCCACCCCGACGGAGACCCCCUCCACCGUCUCCGCCGCCCCAGUCGUCUUCAGCCUCGACCCGGCCGCCCUCCAGAAGUUCUCUGGCAAGCCGGCGAGCCUCGUCGUCUCGGUCUAUGCCGGCCGGACAGGGAGCACGUGCGGGUUCAGCGCCGGCCGUCUGCUGGGCCGACUGCGGGUCGGGGUGGACCUUGAGGCGGCUCCGGUGAGGGCGAUGGUGAUGCAGAGCGGGUGGGUGAGCGUGGGAGGCGGCCGGUCCGCGGCCCGGCUCCACCUGGUUGUUCGGUCCGAGCCGGACCCCCGGUUCGUGUUCCAGUUCGGGGGCGAGCCGGAGUGCAGCCCGGUGGUGUACCAGGUACAGGGGAAAGGCGGCGGACACAGCGGGUGCCUUCGGCAACCGGUUUUCAGCUGCCGCUUCUCUGCCGACCGCCGGCGGAACACCGGAUCCGGAUCACUGCCGUCCAAUUCCUCCAACAACAGCACCAUCAAAGGCUGGUUUAGCUCGUUCGGGAGCGAAAGAAAUCAUCUAAGGCGGGAGCAGCGCAAGGGAUGGACGGUCACGAUCCACGAUCUCUCAGGCUCCCCAGUGGCGGCCGCGUCCAUGGUCACCCCAUUCGUCCCCUCCCCGGGCUCGGACCGGGUUUCCCGGUCCAACGCGGGAGCUUGGCUCAUCCUCCAGCCCACCGGCUUCUCCGGUUCGACCCCCAACUGGAAGCCAUGGGGCCGGCUUGAGGCCUGGCGAGAGCGGGGCCCCGUCGACGCUUUGGGCUACAGGUUUGAGCUCGUCACCGACUCCGGGCCCACCGGCGGGAUCCCGAUCGCCGAGUCCUCCUUGAGCGUCCGCAAAGGUGGUCAGUUUUGCAUCGCUCCGGGCGUCAUUGGUGACGGCAUAUCGAGAUCCUGGCCGUCUGUUGGGGGAUUCGUGAUGGGAUCCAUCGUAGAAGGGGAGGGAAAGGUAAGCAAACCAACGGUUCAGGUUGGGGCGCAACAUGUUUCCUGUAUGGCUGAUGUGGCACUAUUUAUAGCACUAUCAGCAGCCGUUGAUCUCAGCAUGGACGCCUGCCAAUUGUUCUCUCAGAAGCUAAGGAAGGAGCUGUGCCAGGACCAUCAAGAGUAUAGCCUUUAAUUGUCCAUCAUCCAAUGUUCUUGUGAGGUGAUAACUAAUGGCUUCUCGUGUAGACUUGGUUUGAUCACAAGGCAGGGUUGGCUCCUUAUUUUCUUUUGCUCAUUGUUUUUCUCUUUCGCUUUUGUGGUUGCCUCUUAUCUGACUUGCGAGGCUGCCGUGAUCACUGCUCGUGAGCUAGGAAGGUACGAGGCUUUUGAGGUUUUUGAUUUUUUAUUAUUAUUAUUUUUUAAAUCUUGGAUUGGAGAGUGUUGUAAAUGUGAUGGACAGAACAUUGUGGGAUUUUGUUUAUGUUGAUAUACUGAUCAAGAUUUAUAUUUUAAUGCAUUUUAGAAGGAUUUUCAUCCCUAUAA